CUAUUAAAAACGUGAGUCUGCAUGUUUGGGGUGCAUAGUGUUUGGAUCUAGACAAAGUCUCUUUAUUGUCGGAUCAAACUCGAUUAUUGCCAGGAAAUCAUGAGUUCUAUAGGCACUGGUUACGACCUUUCAGCGUCACAGUUCUCCCCAGACGGCAGAGUUUUCCAGGUUGAAUAUGCAAUCAAAGCGGUAGAGAAUAGUGGAACAGCUAUUGGCCUCCGCUGCAAAGAUGGCGUCGUGUUUGGUGUAGAGAAACUGGUCACAUCAAAACUGUAUGAGACGGGCUCCAAUAAGAGAAUAUUCAAUGCAGACAGGCAUAUAGGAGUGGCUGUGGCUGGGCUUCUUGCCGAUGCUAGGCAGCUUGUCGAGACGGCCAGAGAUGAAUCUUCUGAUUACAGACAAUCUUAUGGAGGACCAAUUCCACUUAAGUAUCUUGCUGAGAGGGUAGCAAUGUACGCACACACUCAUACAUUGUACAGUGCGAUCAGACCGUUCGGCUGUAGCGUGAUGAUGGGUGCCUAUCAGGAGAACAUACCACAGCUUUACAUGAUUGAUCCAUCAGGUGUCACAUGGGGCUACCAUGGUUGUGCUAUCGGCAAGGCCAAGCAAGCAGCUAAGACAGAGAUAGAAAAACUGUUGACUGCCGACAAACACCUGAAAGAUAUGACCAGCCGAGAAGCAGUCAAAGAAGUAGCCAAGAUCAUUCACAUCGUUCAUGACGAAAUUAAAGACAAAACAUUUGAGCUGGAGCUAAGCUGGGUUGGAGAGAUGACGAAUGGGAAACAUGAGGUAGUUCCAGAAGCCAUUGCACAGGAAGCUUUCAAAUUUGGAAAGGAUUCAUUGGAAGAGUCCUCCAGCUCUGAAGACGAAGACCUUUGAAGAUGACGGUCCGUUGACCUUUAAAUAUCAUUUCAAAACACUAAAAAGGGGAAAAGUUUCAAAUAAAUUGGGUAACUUCUCAAGCGCAGUCAUGUUUACAUUUGAGAAUUGAUAAAGCAAAACAAAGUUCAUCCGAAAAUGAUUCAUUUGGUGUGUACAUAUACUGAAAACCCUGAAGGCUAAUGGAGUAAUUAUCCAUAUUGUGAACCAAGUAACAAACAACCUGCGUGGCUGAUGCAGUACUUAGGACAUUAAAGACUAAAAAAGCUUGUGAGUUAUGGUGGAUUUUUGAAGAGAUUGCAUUAUGUUAUGUUGGCCAUCAUUUUGUAUGUGAAACCUCCCUAGAUUGAUGGGGCUAAAGCAAGAAUGUCUUACUCGGUCAUCGGACGGUUAUCAAUUCAAACAUACAUGUAUAGCGCAUUUUCACUUUGUUAAGUAUUCAGUCAUUAAUUGCUUAUUUGAACAUUGCAUACAAUGCAUGUCCGACAAUUUUAGUAAAUUUUGCAAAGAAAAAGAAGUUUAAGUUCUUAUUACUCAUAAUUUAGUGAAAAUUUUAGUUAUGGGAAAUACCACACUGUGCGUCAAAUGGCACUUCUCAAUUCUUUUGGUUUGCAAAGGCCAAAUAAGUACAACUUUGGUUCAACAGUCUUCUUUGAAAUCCUUGUUUGUAAAGAAAACUUACACAAUACCGUCUGUAUCAUGGUAAAGUGACAAGAGGGAAAAUCAAAUAAAUCUAAUCUAAUCUAAUGGGAUGAGGUCUGCCAUUAUCUAGCCUUUCAGCAAUGGCAGCAUAACAUCCCAUACAAAAUGACACACAAAAUUGCACUGUGAACUCCCCAAUUUGUAUAGGUCGUUUUUUGCUUGACAUACAGCUCUGUGCGCCUUGACUGAAGGUUAGCCGUUAUCUCCAGGAGUAUAUGGAUAAAUGCAGUAGAGAUGGUUUACACACAAAACAUUUAUACAAUGUUGACUUUUAGUAUGCUUAAUAAUAGUUUUGCUGUGGUAUUAUUUGCUAUACAUUGAAACCAAAACAGAUAGAUAUCAUGGAUCCUACCCUCACUGAACACUAAAUCAAGUUUUAAACUCUUGAGCUAGAACUUGGCGAAAGGACCAGAGUUUUAACAAGUCAUAAUUCUUGCGUGGAUUUUGGUAUAAAUUUCCUGAACUUUGUUUCAAAAACAAAACACUGAUGGAUACUUGUCAUAAAAAUAUUUGCGAUUGCAUUUGUCUGUAUGAACAAGGGUCAGCUGUACUUAUUUGUGGACAAUCUUGCAGUAAAAUGACAUUAGAAUAGAAGCCACAGCAUUCUUUAAUGCAGAGCUCUAAUGAGGUGCGACCAUUGUAAAAUGCUGCAUUGCACAAACUGAAAAGUGUGGCUUAUUGAUCUUUAUUCUGUUCAGGGCCCAAUUUCAUUGAGCUGGUUAAGCACAAAAAGUAGCAAAGCCCAACAUAUUUUAUUUUACAAUUACCAGAAUAACGAAAAAUACCAUGACACAUGUGACUGGUAGACUGCUUGUUUUUGCUUAGCAGAAAUGAGAAUAUUGUUAAGCUUAAGUGGCUCUUUAAAAUUGGGCACAAGGUUUAAACUCCUUUCUCUUUGUGUAGAUGUAGGUACAUGCUUUGACACGGCCACUUUCAGACACUCACUGAUGCUUUAGACAAAUAUGAGAGCGAUACACAUGUUUUUUUUAUAAAGGAAAAUGGUUUAUUAAUAAUAAAAUGUUUUCGUCUUUAAAAAUGUC